UGAUAAAUGGUUUAGGGAUGGAAAAAGGAAAGUCGUUGGAGCGUGGUGACGAAGGAAAUUGUGAUGACGAUCAGGGAUCUCAAAUUGAAUGUGAUGAUCACGGGGAUCUCUUGGAUGGGGAAUUUUACAGAUCGAGAGAGUUUUGGAUGAUGGUUCAUGAAAAGCAGAGUAAAGGGUUACCAUGGAAUAGAGCUGUGGAUGAAGUUCGAGUUGAAAGACUUAUUCAGAGUUACAAAGUUAAUGGGAAACUGGACGGUGAAGACCCAGCACUUGUGAUGUUAAAACAUUGGCCAGCAUCUAAACAGUACAAGGAUAAACCUGACAAACUUCCAGGCCUCGAAAAGCUGGUGAAUCAAUUUUUGGAGAUAAUGUUAGAUAGUGAACUAAACUCAGGAAACAAAUAUGAGCUAUUCAAAGAUGAAGAAGACAAAAUGAGGAAAACUUUGUUGCACUAUUCUGCUGAAGUUGGGUUUUUACAAAUCACCAAAACACUCUUAAAGAAAUGUCCUGGUCUGCUGGAAGCAAGAACAGAACUUCAAAUAAUACCCAAGAAAAAAAGAGCCAUGUUAGCAGUUGAGUUGGCAUUGGCUGCAGAGAAUGAUGAAGUGGCAGCUUAUUUGGUUAGAGCAAUGUGGCAUGAGAGUGUUACAAGAUUAUUUUCUUGGAGACCAGGAGACAUGUCAAAUCCAGAACCAUCCUUCUUCAGUUUUCAGGCCAUCAUUGAGAAUCCUAAAAUGAAGAAAACAGUUGUGGCUCUAUUAGAUCAGAUGGUGAACCCACACUGGCCUUACCUUCCAAAACGCAAGGACACUUAUGUCUCCCAAGAAGAAAAGAAGGGAAUUGAAGGAGUCUGGAAGACAAUCCCAGAAGAUCCACUGAAUUAUUAUUUUCAUUAUGCUAUCCUGGAUGGUGAUGGGGGUGGUAGACCACCAAAAGUUACGUUAUCAGAAGGACACACAGAGUCAGAUAACAAAUAUUUCAACCAUAGAGAUAAGUCGUGCUUGAACAUGAUUGCCAAGAGUACCAAUAAGGAGGCUUUGCAACAUCCAGUGGUUAGAAUGUUGGUUAAGACAAAAUGGAAACGUUAUGGACAUUUCUUCCUCAGCCUUCAGACAGUAUUGUAUGCCAUCUUCUUGCUGUUCUUGUCAUUUUCUCUGCUAUAUGGGUCAACCAAACCAGACCCCACCCAGUACAGGGGUGCAGCAGAUUUAUGGUGUGGAUUCUGUGAGAUUGUCACUCUGCUCAUGGCUGUCUUUUACAUGUGUGAAGAACUGAAUCGAUUGAGAAUGUAG